AUGUCUAUGGCAAAGAACGCGGAAGAUGAUCUGAGGGAUUCCAUGAGCGUCUUUCAUUCCAUGUUGAAAAUAACCGGUAUCUGGCCAAAUCCUACCAAAUUCUCCUUGUCCACGGCAAUCCUAAAAAUCGGUAUUAUUUUUACAUCUUACUUUGUGCAAUUGGUGACGCUGGUCCCGAGCGUUCUAUACGCAUUUGCGAAGGUGAACAAUGGCAGGAAACGAAUACAACUGCUCACGCCUCAGAUCAACAAUUUGUGCCAGCUGAUCAAGUAUACUAUACUGUUUCGUCGGAUGAAGGAAUUCAGACAAAUGAUGGAGGAGAUAAGAAACUGCUGGUUGAACGCAAACGAAGAAAAUCGACGAAUCUUUCGUACGAACGCGAAGAUCGGACGCAAAGCGGUAAUAGGAAUAGGAGUUACCAUGUUCAGUGGCGGUCUGUCUUAUCGAAUAUUCACUCCGAUUCUAAGAGAGAAACUCGUCCUACCAGACAACACAACCAUAAGAAUGUUAUCCUGUCCAGGUUAUUUUGUGUUCUUCGACGAACAGGUUACGCCGAACUACGAAAUAAUCUACGUUCUGCAAAUUUUCGGCGGAUUCUUCACCUAUUCGGCUCAGUGCGCCACUAUGGGAGUUUACUCGAUGCUUUGUUUGCACACGUGUAGCUUAAUGAGAACCCUGACGAACAAGAUGAAGGAGCUUUCCGAUCAACCUGACAUAAGCGAGAGUGCCGUGCAGGAAAAGAUCGCGGACAUCGUUGAGCAUCGAACAAUGAUCAAACGAUUUUCGACAAACAUCGAUCGAAUAAUCCCGAGCAUGUGUUUCUUCGAGAUGAUCGACGACACGCUAAUUGUUUGUUCACUCGGAUACUGCAUUAUCAUGGAUUGGGAAAAUAGCAAUGGCGUCAGUAUAGCAAUUUAUCUUAUGAUACAAACAAGCUGCACGUUGAGUAACUUCACGAUGUGUUAUAUCGGUCAACUUCUUAUCGACGAAUCCGAAACAGUUAGAAGAACGUGCGCAACAGUGAACUGGUAUCGAUUUCCCAUGAACAAAGCACGUUACCUCGUGCUGAUGAUUAUUAUAUCAAAUUAUCGGAUAAAAAUCACCGCUGCCAAAGUUGUGGAUGUAUCCUUGUCCACCUUCACCGAUAUUAUGAAGACAUCGAUGGGCUACUUGAAUGUAUUACGAACUGCUCUCUAAUCAAAACUUCAAAAGUAAAUUUCGAAUCUAUGAAC